GAUGUCUUGCCUGUCUGUGGUCGCCAUAGAAAUCACUGCGAUCAAAACAACUCAACCAAAGCAACCAGCUCCCACCGUCCCGGAGCUCCAAUCCGCCUUACCUAGGGUCGUAGGCAGCUCUCCCUCACACCGCUUGACCACCGCUCUGUACUCCGUACUUUGUUGUCAUCCACGCCCUCACCGCCUCCCAUCCUUGGCGAAAGCGGUGGCUUGCAGUCACUCUUUAUGUUAUAUUUGCAUACCGAGUACGGAUACUUGCACAUCUCACCCAAAUCGCAAAAAAAGCCAGAAGCAAGUUUGAACCCAGACAAACCAUCGCACACAUCCCGCGAAUUCCGCACCACGCUGCACGAGACUGGGGCUUAGCAUAUUCCGUAUGCGAUGGAUCAUCAUCAUACAUACCAGACCGCUGAUACCGGCGUGGGGGCCGCCGCCGAGUAUUACAAUUCGACGGCGCCGAUCCCGGUCCCAGGCGCAACAGCCCUCACGCCUCCUCCUCCCACGUCUGCCCCGCAACCCGACCUCGGCGGUCAUGGCGAGCAACAGCCCGGCCGAACCGGCCAGAACCACCACACCACCAGCGGCGCCGCCGGGUAUCUCCCAUCUGCCCCAGUCGGCAUCAAACCUCCCCCACAGCAGCAGCACUACUACGAUCAGCAGCACCACCAACAACACCAGGAGCCGCCGCUGGUGCACUCGUCGCCUCAGUUCGUGACGCCAGGCGAGAUGUUGCUGACCCACCACUCGACGGCGCCGACUACCACGCCGCGAGACAUCGCCAACGUGCGGGCCGGUGCUGAAUUCGCGGUCAAGGAGUAUGCCAGCCUGCAGCGGCGGCGGAGGGAUGGGGACCUGGAGGUGGGAGCUGCGCUGGAGGAGCAGAGCGGUGUGGUCGCCAUGGAGCUGGGCAGGUUAAGGGCCCACGUCAAGGAGAUGGCUGUCCUGGCUCGGCAGCAUAGAUGGAGGCGGUGGUUAAUUGGAGGAUUCAUCGGCACCUUGAUCCCGGCCGUACGGAGGCUCUUCAGGCGACCAGAGUCCAACAGCGAAGGCACAUCCAACGACACCGAGUAUGCCUUUUUCCACAGCAAAUCCCUCGUCCAACGCGUCCUGGAUUCGGUGCGCGGUGGCUGGAGUGGCAUCAGCCGGCUGGCAUCGGCCACCUUCCUGGUGUUUGCGGUCUUGUACGUCUUUCAGAACGAAGUGACGCUGUGUGUUGCCAGCACACUGUCCAAGAGGCUCAAGAGGCUUUCGGCGAGGAUUGAGAACAGUGACAACUACGAAAUGAACGAAAAGGACCUUGCGCUGUUGAGGGGCUGGCGGUGGAGGGUUUUGGCGAGGAGUUGAAGGGUGAUAAUGAAGCGCUAUUUGGGAUAACAUCACAUACAUGACUUGCUUACCUGACUGUGCCCCUGGCUCCAGAUGCGAUCUGAAUACAUUGAAGCUGAUGUGAAAGUCGUACGACUGUAUCAUGCAAAAAAAGGAGAGAAAAAAAAGAAAAACAUUCUUGGUUGCAAAUGGGCAGUUAGAAGUUUGUUAAAUUUAAGCUUGUAAAAAUAAGGAUUACUCACCUAAAUGGGUAUCCAGCCAGGACCUUAUUAAGCCCAAACCCAGGUAAUAUCACCCAGGGGCAAAGCCUGGA